GCAGAAUGGUUAAUUUCUUGAAGGUGAUUCUAGCUAGAGGGCUAAAUUAUUUUUUUUUUAUGCUGCAUUCUUAUAGCUCGCUUGAAACAAGCUUAAAAAAAAGUUUGGAGGGGAUGAGAAGCAGCCAAAGCUUCGUUUGAUUGUUGAUGAGAACAGUGGGGGUUUUCCAAAUGCAAAGAAUAAUGGAAUGACCAAUACACGUUGUGAAAGCAAGCGCGAAAUGAAAGCUCCAAGUUUGGUUGCUAGGCUCAUGGGUUUGGAAUCGAUGUCAGCAGGAUCAGACAGUAAGCCCUAAAAGGCUUCAGCUUUUGAAACUUGGAGCAAUGUGGCAGACAAACUUGGUGCUCGACCUAGUGGAUCUGAUAAAGAAGAUAUGGAUUUAGAGAUGGACGAAAUAAAGAGUUUAGAAUCGGGUUUGCGAAGUUUAGAGCACCUCAUCAUUUGGAAAGCCCUAAUCCUUGUGUGGAUUCAAAGAUUUUGAAAGGAAUAUCUGUGCCUUCAUGUAAAAAUUGUGGUUAUUUUCCAAAGGUGAAAGAGUACUCAUCGUCUGUCUCGUCACCUAUCUCUAGUGACUCUGGACCUCCUUGUGAAGGUCCAGGAAGAAAUAUGCCAAGGUUGCCCAUUUUCAGUAGCAGGGAUCAACUAGAGACCCUAGAGAGAGUUUCUGAGGGUUCGUCCUCAGAGGCCACUGCUGAAAUCGAUGAUGUAUCAUACUGUACAGAACUCAUAUUGGGCGAAAGAUCUACUAGCAGAACUCGAAUGGAGAUGCAUGGCACCCGCCAAGUGAACAAUAUGAAGAAGGAUGCAUCAUCUGUCACUCAUGUGGUUAAUCAGAAGCAAAAUGAAAUAUCUCAGAAUAGUGAGAGGGGUCUUAUGAAGUCUAAGCCAAGUAGUUUGCAGAGCAUCAGAGUUUUAGCAGCUGCAAAAUCUAUGAAUAAUACCCAAAAUUUUGUUGCACAGAAUAAAAGGCCUAGCAGGAAAGAUGAUUUGUGUGAUGAUGGUGAUGUAUCUUCUAGAAAUACUUGCAUAAAUUUCCAGGCCAUACCAGAUUCAGCAGUAACAGAUUUAGUUGGGAAUUCACUUGAUCACCAUAGUUCAAGAUGUGUUCUUGAAGCUGCCUUUUCAACUGACAGCUACCUCUCCUGUAGUCCCAAUAGUAGCUCAAGUAUGGUCUCCGAUUCGACAUUUUACUAUUUGCAUACUUCCUUUCUUUCCCUCAAAUACAUAAAUUAAAAAAUAAGACAACUCUGAACUUGGAUUUCAUGCAUCCAU